AUGGCAUUGACCGCCACCAACUUGAUUCCGAUUAGGUGCCUACCUGUUUUAUUCGGCAGUGUGAAUAUCCAUGCCAGAGCACUUCCUUCGUAUCUGGCCGUCCUGCGAUUGCUCCGAAUCUACAACGCUCAAAGCUCUGCGGAGUCUGCGGAAAGCCGCUACGUCAUGGAGUGGACAAGAAGGCACGAGCAGGGACUCCCUGGCGAUCACCAGAAUCAGGGGGGCUGGGGUGCGCGGACACGCUAUGUGCCUUCCAGUUACAAAGCAAGCACCAGCCAGGCCAUCACUGCCGGCUGGCUGAUGUCUGGUCCUCUUGUCAAAAAGAGAGCACUGGAAUCAAACAGCCGCCCGCAAGCGUCUGGUGGGUGGGUUUCGGGUUUCCAAGCUCCGAUGGCUGAAAAUGGCCGGCCAUUGACCAGACGCUUGCCAAGGCUCCAGGCUGCGCUGCACUGCACCGCACUGCACUGCACUGCACGACAGCCGGCACCGACGAAGCCGACGCAGCAGCCACUUGCACGACGGGCGCGACAGAAAACGGCCAUGCCUGGAAAACGCCCGCCUUGCCAAAACCCGCCGCCUUCAAAUGACAAGCAGUUCUGCUCCCGAGAGGAGAGCAAGAGCCCAAAAGGCUUUGUCGGCCAAGCAGACACGGACCGAGCUUGCCUGCAUUGCAUGUCCACCAUGACGAGGCGACAAGACACAGUCAGCAGUCCGCACAUCUCGUCCCUUCUGCCCUUCCCACCCGACGCGCGAUGCAGACUCCCAUCCGUGCCCCCCCCCCAGGGAAACAAACAGGGCUGA